AUGCAGUUCGGCCAGGAGAACCUUGCUGACAAGCCUAAGUGUCGUUGGCACUGCCCACUACGGCAAGUUCUUGCCGGUGGUGUCCAAGGCGCUUGGAGUGGCGGAAACGGAGAUCGAGCAGCACCCGAUUCUAAAAUCUCUGGAGACGCUGCCUACCGGGCAAGGGGUAGCCAACAACCCGAGCACUACUGUGGCGACUCUGGCCGCAACACGGAAUGCUUGCAAAUGCUGUUUUUGUUGAGCGGUAAGGCUGAAUAUGAUGAGAUACGCACCAGGGUAGUGUGUUCUAGUGGGGAUGACCGAGCGCGUUCAACGCAAUGGGAGGCAGUGAAUAUUCCAGUGCUGGUGUAA